AUGCCCAUGCAUACUUUUUGCGGACGACUUGAAAUCCUGGAAUUCAAAUGGCAGUGCCAUCCAAAUGGAUGUAGACGCUGCAAAGCCGAGGUCGUUGGACUGGCCUCUUCCCCAAAUGACGAAAAGUGCGUCCAUACAUCAUUUGGAGAAGACUCAGCGAAUGCCUUUGUUAUGCGUGAAAGGACCAGAAAACAUCAUGAGGAUAGAUGCCUAAAAGGGUUUGAGCAUCUGGGUCUCCACUCAAAAUUGUCCUUCUCACUGCACCAUGAGAAAUCGGCCCAAAAAGCAUCCGCCAUUUUACGGAUGAUCCGACGAACCUUCUCCCGUACCACUCGGAUGGACUUCCAAAUACUCUAUGGGGCUUACGUCAGACCGUUCUUGGAGUACCCCAACCAAGUUGUCUACUCAGAACGCAUGAAAGACGCCACCCUCAAUGAGCGUGUCCAGCGAGCCGCUACGAGAAUGGCUGCCGGUCUCAAAUCCUUGGACUACGAAAAGCGUCUCGUGACGCUUGAUCUAGCGUACCGUCGCCUCCGAGGAGACAAUUCUCACCCUGACGCACAAAUUCAUGAGACAAAAUUUUUCCCCAUUUCGGGCGCUGCGUGGAAGGACCUUCCUCCGACGGUUGUCCAUGCUCCAUCUAGAACCCAGUUCAAAGCCCAACAAGACAUUUAUUUAUGCGAACCCCCCACUGAGAACAUAAACAGCAGUGCUACACCCUUUUUUCACUUGUGCCCUUCGGUGAUCGACAGCCACUUACCGACAAGAACAAAACCGACCAGGGAAACUUGGCUAAAAGCCUCGAUCCUGUGUAUCAAUCCCCAAGCACAGACAGCGUCACCCGGACCCCAUCCUGGAAGUCGCACAACACCAACAACACCCAAACUCUUCGUGAUCUCUUUGACGCUUUUGUGCCAUGUCAUGUGCUGUGCACGUUGCGAUAUGAAAAGAAGCAAACGCUCUCUGUCUGCGCAAUCUCCUUCGUCAUCCACACCAGCCUAUGCUCGUCACGGGGUUGAACUCUCCCCCUUCCAGGACUCAGACACGGACACGGACCACUCAGGCUUCCAAAUUUCCCCUUUAUUAUCCAAACAGAAGCUGUUCUCUGCACCAUUUUCCGCACUCGAGGUGGAUACAAAUCACCCCAGUAGGGGCAGUGGUUUUCAAGACAGUCUGCAUACGAACGGGAGUCACGGGACUCCAUCUCCAGAUGGUCAUACGUUUGGAGUAGAUUUAUCCGACCGAUCCAUUGGGCGGGGCUACCUGAGUGAUCAUCUGCAACAUAGCUUGUCUUAUGCUCGCCGAAUGGAACAACGAGCUCUGCAUCUCUCUACCAGACUAAGCCAGUCAGCCAACCUAUCCAUGAGUCCCCGCUUGUUGUUCUCACCUGAUACAAAUAAUGUGACCGAUUCUGUCUCAGACCAACGUCGAAGAUUGUCCCUUGUGGACGAUUUUCACAUGCAUUCCUAUCUCAGCAUCAGUCAACAGACUGCAUCAACAGUGGAACGUUAUGCCAAACUAGCAGAUGUUUGUCCUGAUCUGCUGAAUCGACCGACCAUGAACCGCUUCAUGACUCCUUUUGUCCCUGGAGAGGUUUCUGGUGAAGAACGCCCAAUUACUAUCGAUCCUGUGUUCAACUGUAACAAUCUUGCAGGUUCAUUUUCCAACAUCAGUGAUAUUUCCCGUACGCGUUUGGCUGUAUUAUACAAAGCAAGGCAUCGUCUCAGUGGAGUCUUGUACUGUUUAAAGCGAUCCCGUUGUGAAUUCGAAGUUGAAAGACCAUUCGGUGGCUCAUCUGGUGAGAUGCUCAAUGAAGUUCAAGCACUGGCCCUUCUCCAACACCCGAAUAUUAUCCGCUUCUAUGGUUCGUGGCAUGAAGCCGACUCGAUCUACACUCAGCUCGAAUUUUGUUUGGGUGGAAGUCUGUUUCACUUUCUUCAUCCGGACCGCCAGCUGGAUACAUCCGAAGCUAUCCCUCGGACAUUCUCCCCUAUGGAGUUAGUAAACGGAAACGCGACAUCGAAGGAUGCUGCUAGUGAACAGCACCAGCAACCAGACGAUUGUAGCACUUCUCCUUCGUCCACAGACGCUGCAAGGAGGACAGGGUUGACCGAAAAGGCCCUACUUGUUUUGGCAGCACACAUGCUCGGUGCGCUGUACUAUAUGCAUACCAAUUGGUCUAUGGUACAUGGGGACGUGAAACCCAGCAACAUUCUCAUCCAACUGGCUCGACCCGAGGCUUAUCUGGCCUCGACGAAAGAGUUCAUUGAGUUGGAAGCCAAACACCAUUGUCACAAGUUGUUACACGCAGGUGAAACUACGGGAAUCCUGUUCAAGCUAGGAGAUUUCGGCCGCGCAUCCAGAGCUGGCGAAGACAGGGACGGGGAGGAUCUAGGUGAUGGCCGUUACUUGCCCCGACUGAAUGAUCCAAGCCCCCCAGCCAGAGCUGCCACUGGUCGUGAUAUGUACGCCCUGGGAAUCACGUUAUAUGACGCGGCUGGUGGGCCAAUGUCGCCUUCAGUAUGGGAACGGCUUCGAGAAACAGACUGCCUCCCAGACCUAUCCGUCCUCCCCAAUUCCUUAAUGUCUGUCGUUAAAGGCCUUUUACGUCCUUUGGCACAAGAUCGACCCACGGCGGCCGAACUUGUCAACUGUCCUUUAUUCCGACCUUUCCUCACUGUCAGGGUAGAAGAUGUGACGCCGCAGUUGUCCGUGGAUUCUGACUACCACACAGAAUGACGGUUUCUCAGCUGUGCAUCCCUAAUCUAUUCACGCUUUGGCUAGGCUGAUGAAAACCGACAAAUUUGCGGCCUCGGAGUCCCACAUCUGAACAGUCGACGCCUGCUCUUUUCUAACUUGUGCGUACACAAAUUCGCUUUUUAUUGCUCUCCCAUUUUGUGGACACCACUUGUACAUGUGUUACCAUCCCUAGUAUAAUCAUUACUGCUAUUAUUUAAAGAGAUUAUAACACUGAUACGAA